CUUUAGCUAUCCGAAGUCAGCAUCCAAACUAAAAACAAUAAAUCUCUAUGGACUCCUUUCUGCCCGCAAAACACUCUUCGGUCAUCGGCACACCCAUUACCGAUUCGAAACCCUGGAAUCAGGACCGUCUAAUGUGUGAUUCAUCAAUUGGACGGCUAAGAUCGAUGGAUCGGGUAGCCCCAUGGUUGCCAGCGCUGGAUAGUUAACUCCUGGAGCCGGAUCACGUGGUUGACGAAUCGCGGCGGCCUCAGCGAGCGAGCUAGGGUUGGACCUUGCGCGCCCCCCAACCGGAGAGGAAGGAGGAAGUAUUUUUCCAAAAUCAUUGGGGAAAAGAUCGAGAAGAAAAGCGUUGGAUUCGGAGACGAGGACAGAUUCGAUUCAUGGGGUUUCUCCUCUCUCGAUUGGUACCAUUUUUUUCCGAUUUUUCUCGAUUUUUCUGACCAUUUUGCUUAAUAUUCUGGUGAGGCGAUGAUUCGAAUUCUUUAGCAUUAGAGAAGAAUUUGUGGUAGAGAAAGGUUUUUUUGGUGAGAUUUAUGGAGAACAUCACAACCCUAACUCCGUCGAUGGGGUUCGAUAGCCCCCACGAGGGGGAAGUGGAAUCUCUGAUCCCCAUCCAACCGCAAGGAGAAGGCAUGGCCGUCGAAUCGAUGGUCCCCAGCUCCGGCGCCAUGCUGCUGGCCGCCCGGCCGGAGGAUCCGGUGGGAGGGGAAGGGAGGGAGCUGGUGCCCACCGCCGGAGGAUUGGAAGCCUCGGCGGGACCCUCUGGGGAUUCUGAGGAGCCGCGCCUCGGGAUGGAGUUCGACUCCCCCGACGCUGCCCGGGCCUUCUUCUCGGCCUACGCCGAGCGUGUCGGCUUCCGGAUUCGCAACAGCAAGUCCUUCACCUCCCGGGUUGAUGACACUGUGAUCAUGCGGCGGUUCGUGUGCUCGAAGCAGGGCCGGCCGACGAAAAAGGACCCCUUUGACCUCACCAAGAAGCGCCGCAACCGGGCAUCGUCACGUGAGGGCUGCAAGGCCAUGCUCCAGGUCAACCGCCGCGAGAAUGGCCUGUGGGCCGUAUCAAGGUGCGCGCUUGAGCACUGCCACCCUCUCGGAAUCGCCCCCAAGGCAUCCCCUGCUGUCCAGAAGAAGCUUGCCAAGAAACCGUGGGAGCUCCUCGUGAGCCCUCCCACCGAAACCCAGCAAAGUGGGCUGGGGCCUGGAGGGGGCGUAGCCCAAAGCCUCCUGGAAUACUUCAAACGGAUGCAGGCAGAGAAUCCAGCAUUCUUUUAUGCCAUUCAAGUUGACCAGAAUAAUUGUGUGGCCAAUGUGUUCUGGGCUGACGCAAGGGCAAGGAUGGCUUAUGGCUACUUCGGUGAUGCAAUCAUGUUUGACAUGACAUGCAAGAAGAACAAGCGUGUGGUGCCAUUUGCCGCAUUCACCGGUGUGAACCAUCAUAGGCAGCUCAUCGUCUUCGGGUGUGCCUUCAUGACUGAUGAGAGUGAAGCUUCAUUUACGUGGCUUUUUGAGACAUGGCUUGCAUUGAUGAGUGGACGCCGGCCAGUAUCAAUCACUACUGCUUACAAUGAUGCCAUGGGUGCUGCCUCUACAAAGGUGUUCCUUAAUGUCCGCCAUCGCUUCUGCAGGAGGGACAUCUUUCACAAGUGCAAGGAGAAGCUGUCCAAUGUCUACUUGGCACAUCCUUCAUUUAAAGCAGAGUUCAAGAAAUGUGUAAGUGAUUCUGAAAAUAUUGAAGAGUUCGAGUCAUGUUGGAAGUUAAUAAUGGAUAGGUACAAUUUGAAGGAGAAUAUGUGGUUGCAAUCCUUAUAUGAUAUUCGUCAAAAAUGGGUUCCAGCAUAUGCCAGAAGCACAUUCUUUGCUGAACUGUCUGGGGCUCCGAAGUUGGAAACCAUGCACAAGUUCUUCCAGAGGCACUCAAUUACAACAACCUCGUUGCGUGAUUUAGUCACUCAGUUUGAUAAGGCCAUGGCAGGGCAGUAUGAGAAGGAAAUUCAAGCAGACUUUGCUACCACUCAUAACAGGCCAGUCUUGAAGACUCCAUCUCCAUUGGAGAAACAAGCAUCGGAAAUAUACACAAAAACUAUAUUUGACUUGCUUCAGGAGGAACUUGUUGAGUCUUCAGGUUUCUUGAUGGACAAAAUCGAGGAUGGGGUGGUUAGCAAGUUCCGUGUGACAAAAGUUGACGAUGCUAGUAAAGUGUACAUGGUCAAUUAUAAUGCUUCUGAAAAAAGUAUAAGCUGUAGCUGCUGCAAAUUUGAGUUCUCAGGUAUUUUAUGCAGGCAUGCGUUCAGAGUAUCAGUAGUUGUUGGUAUACUUACAUUUCCAGAAGGUUACAUCUUGAGACGGUGGACCAGAAAUGCCAAGAGUAGUAUCUUGUCUUAUGAUCAUUGUGGUGUGCUUCAAACUAAUUGUCAUAAAGCUGUGACAUGGCGUUGCAAUGAUCUCUGCCGUGAUGCCAUUAGAUUUGCAGAAGAAGGGGCUACAUCUGCAGUGAUUUAUAAAGUCGCAAAGGGGGCAUUGCAGAAGGCUUUUGCAGAAGUUUUUGCUGCAAAAAGGGGCUCAUCAUUUAACGGAACAAGGUAGGUGAGGCCAUUUGUUCAUGUUGUGAAAGAGAGUUUCUAAAGGUGGUCUGAUUAUUUUUUGAAGACACUUGAAUACCUCAUUUGUGCAUGGAGCAGUUGUAAAACCAGCAUCUAUUGACUUCAUUGGGAGCACGUUGGGUAUUCAUCGAUGUCUUUCCAUUUUGCUGGAGGUCCUCAGUGCCCAUUUUAAAGUCACUCUUUGUUUGAGGACGUAGAAGAAUCUCUCGAGCCUCAAUUUUGAUCACAUCUUGCUCGUUCAGGUGGAGGCAGAGGCCCAACAUUCUCACGUUGAAACAUUAAUAGUUUCAUGCAACUGCUGAAGGAUACUGGUGAAUUGGCAAAAUACCGGUCUUAUCAUCAAUAAGCAAUGAGCCAUCAGUUUCUCAUGUCUAAUGGAGUUGCUAAAGAGCAUGGCAUGUGCCCUAACAUAACAUGUAACUGGGGAAUGGCUUCUCAUUCUAUCAAUUAUAUUGUUUUUUUGGAAUUUCAGUUCACUUGUGAAUGUGUACAGGGUUGAUGGACUGGUUUUGUAAGCUGUCUUGAUCUGAAUAACAGAAUUUUUCAGAUUUUGUGGUGAUGAAGCUCAUUGCCUAGAAGAUAAUCUUUGUUUCAUUUUGUUGCGAGGAGCAGUCCAGCUUGUUGGAUUCAAGGUCUUGUCUUGUAAUAUAAGAAUUUAGGUUGCCUCAGGCAGAACAUUCGCAUGGAUAAGAUAAUCUGAUGCCGAAGUAGUUGAAGAACAA